GGCCUGGCCCCGGGCGGGUCUGGGGCGGGGCUCCCGGCCUCGGGCGACGUGGCCAGAUGCGUCCGGCCGGGGAGAGGCCGCCCGCGUGGGCUGGGGGACCGGCCUCCCGGAGGGGGCAGCUGGCGUCCGGCCGGGACGGAGAGGUGGGGUGUGGCCACCCCGGCCGGCAGGCAUCCCUGGAAUGCGGCGGCUCAGCACCCGCCCCCUCGGGAAUUCCCGACGAGAGCGACCGGGCGGACACCGCCCCCAAACCCGGAACCGCUUCUCGUGCCACGCGCUGGGCCGCAGACGUGAGGUCGGGCACACCUGGGGGCCCGCGAGGCGGUCGCGGCCACAUCCGGAGCGACGCGCCUGAGUCACCCUGGGGACCCCACCCCCGCCCGCGUGCGCCUGUCUUGCCCGUCCGCCCCGUCUCUCCGGUUCCCGACUCUCGGCUCCCACCUCCACCCGAGCGGCGCGCGAGCCCCGCGGGGGCGGGGGGCGGGGCGCCAGGGAGGCGGGGCUGUCUCUUAAAGGGCCCCGGCCGCUGCCCCUAGGCCACUUCCUGGGGGCGGAGAGGACUGCGGCGGCUGCGGCGACACCCGGGGAGGCUUCGGCGCCCGGGUCCCGAGACUCCCCGCUGCUCCCAUCAGAGUCUUCCGGUGGUCCCGGCUCGCGCUGAGCGCGCAUCCCCGCCCCCCAGCCGCUAGGGAGGCACCUCCGCGGCCGCUCCGGUCAGCCCCGCCUCUGCCUCCCGAGACCCGCAGCGGAGCCGGGCCAGGCCAGGCCUGCGACGGGCUCCUGGGGCCCUGCGUGCACUCGCCCGCGGAGACGACGAUCUGCCCGAGAACUCGGAAGGUGGGUCCUUCCGAGGGUCGGCCUGUGCUCGCCACCGUCACCUGCUGGUUGGAUUCCGGAAACUCGCUGUCUGAAGCCCUCAGAGCCCAGCUGCUGACCCUCCGCCCAGAAUCGAAUGCGUCUGGAACGAAGUCCUGUCUCCCCUCUCUGGCUUCCGCGCUUUUCAAGCGUUCUCGCAAGCUUUCGGCCGUGUCUGUGCCCGGAAACCGUCUCCCCCACUACCAAGGUAGCUGGGGUGAACCCCAGAUCUUACUGCCUUGUGCUCCAACCUGUGCAUCCAACCCUGAGACAGUCUGAACUUUAUGACCCAGUUCUGCCCACACCCAGGGAGUUCCGCCUUUUCUUCUCUUUUGGUGUCUCCUGUACUCCCCCAAAAUUUCGCCGCCGCCUGUGCCCUCUUCGCCCCCCUCUUUUGGGGGCCCUGUGACCCUGAAUGUGGGGGGCACACUCUAUUCCACCACUUUGGAGACCCUGACUCGCUUCCCAGACUCCAUGCUGGGGGCCAUGUUUAGGGCGGGCACCCCCAUACCCCCCAACCUCAACCCCCAGGGAGGCGGCCACUACUUCAUCGACAGAGAUGGCAAGGCCUUCCGGCACAUCCUCAAUUUUCUGAGGCUGGGCCGCCUGGACCUGCCCCGCGGUUAUGGGGAGACAGCCCUUCUCAGGGCAGAGGCCGACUUCUACCAGAUCCAGCCCCUCCUGGAUGCCCUGCGGGAACUGGAGGCCUCUCGGGGGACCCCUGUACCCACAGCCGCCCUGCUCCACGCAGAUGUAGAUGCCAGCCCGCGCCUGGUGCAUUUCUCCGCGCGCCGGGGUCCGCACCACUACGAGCUGAGCUCCGCACAGGUGGAUACCUUCCGAGCCAACAUCUUCUGCACGGACUCCGAGUGCCUGGGGGCCAUGCGGGCCCGAUUUGGGGUGGCCAGUGAGGGCAGGGCAGAGGGAGGCCCACACUUUCAUCUGGAGUGGGCUCCCUGUCCCGCAGAACUCCCCGAGGCUGAGUAUAGGAGACUGGGUCUGCAACCUCUGUGGACUGGGGGGCCCGGAGAGCUACGGGAGGUGGUGGGCGCACCCGGCUUCCUGGAGGAGGUGCUGCGGGUGGCUCUGGAGCACGGUUUCCGUCUGGACUCCGUCUUCCCUGACCCUGAAGACCUGCUCAACUCGCGAUCUCUGCGCUUUGUGCGGCACUGAGCCUGCCGCCCUCCCGUCUGGCCGGGGUGGGGGAGAGGGUGGACAGCAAAGGGAACGAAGGCCCCCCUGAAGCCUCUUAGCUCUGCCUCUGGAGCCGUGAGAGUCAGGGCUCCCGCUGCACCUGACUGGAGCCCAGGCGUGGGCAGCAGCUCCCAAGUCUGAGUGCGCUGAGGGCUCACAGCCGCGGGAAGGGUCUGGACUGGUGCUCAUUCUGGGAUGGGUGGGGAAGGUUCUCAAGUUUGUUCCUGCCAGAGACUGGCGGCCUCUAGUGUCUCCUUGGUGGAGCUCAGUAUUCAAGGUUCUAGAAAAGUCGGGACACCUCUCUGCCCAGGCUCAGCCUAGCGGGACCCUGGAGGGACACUGGAGUGUGGGAGAAGGACUUCGGAUAGGUGUGAUGUGGUCUCCUGGACCGUGGAUUCUCCUGCUGCUGAAUGGGCCUGCUCUGGCCUGACCAAAGAGAGGCCAGAACACUCUAGAAUAUAGGAAGCGGAUUCUUUGCCGUGUCUCAGGUCUAAGGGAGACAGGCUACACCCUACCCUAGGUUGGCAUAGGGAACUGGGGAGAAUGCCCAUACUCUAGACACCCAAGUGUUUUCCAGGGCCCCAUAUUGCUGGAGCCGGCCACAGGGACGAGGGCGGCAUCUGCUCAGGUCCUGGGCUUGCUUCGUUCACGUGCUCACGUGUGCCAGCCAGUGUAUCUGAUCGACGUGUGGGUCUCUGCCGUCCUGGCUCCUGUCUGCGUUGCUGGAGACAGUAUCCGUGGGCUCUGCAUGCCCAGGCCGGUUUGGGGUUGCCCGGUGACUCUCUUGAGUAAAUUGAGAGUGAGGAGUUUCAUCAGAGGGGGGUGGGGGCUGUGCACAUGCAUGUGUGCUCACAUCACCACGUAGGCAGGACCGACCGGCGGAGGUCUGAGCCACUAGGAUCUUCCCGGUGGAAGGUAAGAGAAGUCCCUGGGCCCAACCAGGCCUAGGAGGCCCAUACAGAACUCUCCGUUGCUAAGGCAACUAUGGGCACGUUGCUAGGAGAUGGCUGGGAAGGCCCAGGCUGCCCAGGGCAGAGGGGAGAUGAACAGAAGAGGUGGGAGAGUGGGGGGAGGACAGGGGAAGGGGUGGGAUUUCUGGUUCCCCCACGAAUGGGAGACUCAUGCACAGCUUCUUCACUGGGGGAAGCACUCGCUCAUUAUUUAUCGCUGGUCAUGAUUUACAAGAAGAAAAAUAAAAUUGCUUUGUGGAACCUCAAA